GGUUGAAGAAUGAAGCUGUUGCGUAAGGAUAUUGAUAAGACCAAUUCAGGUACCUUGAAACUAGUGCCUGAAAGUAGUGACGAUAUGUGGGAAAUAUAUAAUCUGGUCUCCACAGGUGAUUUUGUGCGUGCUUCGACAAUACGCAAAGUGCAAAAGGAACUAUCUUCUGGUGCUACGGAGAACGAGAGAAUGCGUCUUUUUCUAACUGUUCAAGUUGAUGACACAGAAUUUGACGCAGAAGGAUGUGAAUUGAGAAUAAGCGGAAGAAACGUUGUGGAGAAUGAACAUGUCAAACUGGGAGCACACCACACUCUCGUAUUGGAACCCCAUCGUGCUGUUUCGAUAGGCAAAGAGAGUUGGGAUGAGUUCACUUUGCAACGUAUAAAGGAAGCUUGUGAUCCAUCAGCGACUGCAGAAGUUGCCGCUAUAUUAUUACAGGAAGGCUAUGCAUUGGUCUGUGUGGUGAGUCGCUCUUUGACACUGGUCAAGGCCAAAGUGGAAACUUUUAUACCUCGAAAAGGGAAAGACGCUGCUUUCAACAGAGAACGAGCACUAUCCAAGUUCUUCUUACAACUAUUUCAAAGUUGUGCACAAAAUAUUAAUUUUCAAGUCGUCAAAGUUCUUAUCAUCGCAAGUCCAGGCUUCGUAAAGGACGAAUUUUUCAAGUUCUUUUUCGAGGAAGCAGCAAGAAGAGAUCUUCGAACUCUGGUGUCGUUCAAAUCUAAAGUAAUUUUGUGUAAUAUAUCGGCUGUGACUAAAUGGGCCUUGGAAGAGGUAUUGAGUGAUGAUGCUCUAAGUAAGAAAUUGGAGAAUGUAAAGGCUCUUGAAGAAACUCGUGCGUUAAAUACUUUCUUUCAUACAUUCGAUUCUUGUCCCGAGAAAGCAGCCUAUGGUUGGGAUGAAGUUGGCACGGCAGUAGAGUUGAGUGCUGUGGAUGCGUUAUUCAUCUCGGAUGAAAUAUUUCGGACAUCUGAUGUUACGAGACGAAAGCAGAUUGUAGAAAUGGUCGAACAUGUGAAGCAGGCGGGAGGAAAGUUGUUUGUUCUUUCAACGAUGCAUGUGAGUGGAAUUCGCUUGAAGGAAUUGACAGGUAUCGCUGCCACAUUAAGAUUUCCUCUUCCCGAAUAUCAUUAGCUUGAGAGAACAACUGAACAAUGAUGAUUUUAUCAAACAUACAAUGGACCAUUGCAGUAAUAAUAACAAUCACAAAAAUAUCAUCAACGAAUACCGUAGUUUGGAGCAUUUUGACACAUACGUUGCAAACUGGAGAUAAUAGUGCCAACAUUCACAAAGGAAUGAUAUUCUCCAGUCAUUGAACAUG